AUGGCAGGCAACGUUCCCAGGCAGGCGCCUUCUCCCGGACCAGGACCACAUCAACCAAAUGGAAUUGGUGGAGCGGCACUCGGCCUCGGUGGACCGCUUCCGCAGGCGGGACACCAGAUGGACAUGAAUCAUCUCUGGAACAUGGUGCAGGAAUUAUCUGCGCAAUUGGCCGAGAACCGAGCCCACGUUUCGCAUAUCCUCAAUGGAGUUCAGCAGAUUCAGGUCCGCGCAGCGGAAGACGGUGCCUCUCCUACCAUCACCGAAGUGAACGGCGAACUUCAAGCCAACCGUGCCGCCGAACUCGCGACCGUCCAUAACCAGCUCUCCGCCGCGAACCGCAAGGUCGCCGCCCUCGAAGCCUCCAACGAGGAAUUCAAGCAACUGGUCACCGACUUCGAGAACGCCAUGGAGCUCAUCCUCACCAAGCUGCGCCCGUACGCAUACCACCACGCGCAAGCCAUCAACGCGACCAAGGCGCACUACAACCAUCUGCUCGAACAGGAACGCGCAGCGAACCUCCAGAUGCGCCUGCAGCUGGUCGAUUGGCAGGAUGGGCUUCGUCGCGUCAACACCUAUGCGCGCGAGGCGCUCAACCACAGUAGCGAGGCGAGGCUCCCCUAUAUCCGGCGCAUCGCGGGGCUGAAGAACGAGAAUCGCACGCUUCGACGAUUAGCGGGGUGGCCGGAGAGGGACGACAGCAGCGACGAGGAGGAGGAUGAGAAGGACGAAGAACGCGCGGCUUAG